AUGAGAGAAGUCACACCACCACUACACUCCGGAUGGACAAUGGUUCACCCGGAUGAACAAACCUACCCGCAACUGAACAAGGACCCACAAUUCAAACCAGUAGACUCUAUCUACGAAAACAGGCUCAAACAGUUUACCAAUACUAGUGGCGGCUAUGAAGACCUUCAAUUGCCUAAGUUUUAUGUCAAGGGCAAAGUUGACAACCAAAAGGAUGAAAAUGACCUGAGUAAGGGAUACAUCCAGUUCACGACUUACACCACUCCUAACCUCUCCAGACCUUUGUUUAAGGAAGUUAUUCCCGACUUGUUGCCUGAGUUCAAACCAGCUCGGGUGGGCGAUUCCUUUGGGCCGGGUUGGUCAACGCAUUGGUUUGAAAUCAAGGCCAAAGUCCCAGACUCGUGGAACAAGGAGAAGCUGGUUCUCCUGAACUGGGAUGCCGGUAACGAGGGAUUGGUCUACGAUAAGAAUGGACUUCCGUUACAAGCACUCACUGGUUCUUCUGAGAGGACGGAAUUUACUAUUCCUCCUUCGUGGUACGAGUCCGGCAAAGAGUUCACCUUCUACAUCGAAAUGGCAUGUAACGGGAUGUUCGGUACCGGGUCUGGAACCUAUUACACCCUCGGCUCGGUCUCGCUCUUCAUCCCGAACAUGGAUGCUCGCAAUCUCUACUACGAUUUCUGGAUCAUGGGUGAUGCAGCACGUGAAUUGUCAGUAAGCUCUGGCCAAAAGCACAAGGCCCGCGAAUUGUGCAAUAAGAUCAUGAACACAUUCGACCCCGAAGACGAAUCCACCAUUUUAAAGUGCCGUGAAAUUGCGAAGUCAUAUCUGGGAAAAGAUAUAGACUCUGAUGCCGUUUUCGAUGACAAAACGAACCAAUUGCCUACCCAGGUGUAUGCUGUAGGAAACUGUCACAUCGAUACGGCCUGGUUGUGGCCUUUUGCCGAGACGAAGCGUAAGAUUGUGAGAUCUUGGAUCACCCAAAUCCGGAUAAUGGAAAAUUAUCCCGAGUAUGUGUUUGUUGCUUCUCAGGCACAGCAGUUCAAGUGGCUGAAGACGAUGCAUCCAGACACGUUUGAUGAGGUUCUUCAAAAGGUUCAUGAGGGUCAAUUCGUCCCUAUCGGUGGUUCCUGGGUAGAGAAUGAUACGAAUAUUCCCAGCGGAGAGUCUCUUUCCCGUCAAUUUUUGUUAGGCCAACGGUUUUUCCAAGACAACUUCGGCUUCAAAUCUGACACUUUCUGGUUGCCUGAUACCUUUGGCUAUUCUUCGCAGAUUCCGCAGUUUUGUCGUCUUGCUGAAAUGCCCAAUUUCUUAACCCAGAAGCUGUCCUGGAAUAACAUUAACACAUUCCCAGAGAAUACAUUCAAUUGGGUCGCCAUUGAUGGAUCUCAAGUGUUGUGUCAUAUGCCUCCAGCAAAUACCUACACUGCCUCAGCCCACUUUGGAGAUGUCAAGAGAUCUCUUCAACAACACAAAAAUCUUUACAAUGACCAGCACGGAUUACUAUUGUAUGGCCAUGGAGAUGGUGGUGGUGGCCCAACCACUGAGAUGCUGGAGAAAUUGAGACGGUGUAGAGGACUUACCAACACUGUUGGCUCAGAGUUGCCAAUAGUAAAGGUUGGUGAAAACAUCUCCUCAUUUUAUUCCAAAGUAAGAAAGGGAACAGACAAUGGAAAGUCGCUUCCGGCUUGGAAUGGAGAACUUUAUCUUGAAUUCCAUAGAGGAACCUACACGUCUCAGGCAAAAGUCAAGUACAUGAUGCGUACUUCUGAGUUGUUGCUUCGUGAUCUCGAGUACGUUGCUACUGUGGCCUCGAUUCAGUCUGAUUCAUAUGUCUAUCCGCUGGACAAGAUUACGGCCAUCUGGGAGGAUGUUUGUCUGUGCCAGUUCCACGAUGUUUUGCCCGGUAGUUGUAUUGAAAUCGUUUAUCGCGAUGAGGUCUGGCCAAUGUUAACUAAAGCCUUAGCUAAUUUGCGUGGUCUGAUUAAUGAGGCCUUGGAGGCCCUUGGGUUAAAAGAAAAGGGUCUUGAAGCCCUCAGUCUAGAAGAGUCAGCAAAAUAUGAUCAAGUGGCUACUCUCAAUACAUUGCCAUGGGAUAGAAAGCUCAUUAUGCCUGUUCCAUACGAAGUGUCCGCCAAGCCUCUGAAUGCCCAGGGUAACUUGGUGUAUAUGGAAUCAACCAAGGAAAAUCCAACCAUUUUGAAACCUUUAAGCUCCAAGAUCAAGCAUCCUGCUGCAGUGUCCAAGAUUGACGAUGUUCACAUUCUUGAGAACGGCAAGUUGAAGGUUUCGGUUGAUAAGAAUGGUGUCAUUACAAGUCUGUACGACUUAGUUAAUGAUCGUGAAGUGGUUGAUUUGGGCGGAAAAAAUGAAUCGGGUGCUAACCAAUACGUCAUCUUUGAUGACCAGCCUCUGAGCUACGGUGCUUGGGAUACCGAACUGUAUUCGCUGGAGAAGUACAAGUAUGUCGGUGGUGCAAGCAAGAUUGAGAUCUUGGAAGAGGGCCCCUUGAGAUCAAGUCUCAAAAUCCAGCACCAAAUCUCGUCUACUUCAACAAUCUCCACCAUCAUCUCUCUUGAUGGUCUGAACAGUCUGGAUGAUGUUUCUUUCGUUGCCUUUGAAUGCGAAGUUGACUGGAAUGAAAAGUACAAGUUUUUGAAGGUUGAGUUUCCUGUCAGUAUCACUGCCGAUUAUGCCAGUUACGAGACUCAAUUCGGGCUCACCAAAAGACCCACUCAUUUCAACACUUCAUGGGAUACCGCCAAGUUCGAGGUCUGCUCCCACAAGUUUGCAGACUAUUCGGAAUACAGCUACGGUGUUUCCGUAAUCAACGAUUCCAAGUAUGGGUUUGCUGUUCAUGGUAAUCUGAUGAGACUCAGUUUGUUAAGGGCACCGAAGUAUCCUGAUCAGACUGCAGAUAUCGGUAAACACCACUUCAAAUAUGCCCUUUAUCCUCACAAGGGUUCUCUCGGGAUGGACACGGUCAAGACAGCCUGGGAAUUCAAUUCAAGAUCGAGUACGGCCAUUUACGAAAUUGGCCAGUUCGGCAUCUGGAGCGAGGCCAGUCAAUUGGUUAAGUAUGAAGGCGAUUCCAACAUCCUCUUGAGCAACAUCAAGCGUGGUGAAGACGAUGCGGAUCUGAAAUCGAACACCAAACUGGCUAAGAAGUUCAGCGGGCAUAAGACAAUCGUUUUACGGUUGUAUGACGCUUUAGGAGGCAAAGGUAAAGGAAAAAUCACCAUUGGGGCGGAUAUACACCAGGUGUUCAAGGUUAACAUUUUGGAAGAGGAGAAAGAAGAAGUGGAGUUUGAUGCUAAAAAGAACCAGUUUAGCAUUGAGUCUCGUGCGUUUGAGAUCAGUACUUAUAAGGUUGUUUUGGCUUAA